AUGGAAGUUCUGAGAAGUCGAGGGCAGAGGCUCGUCCAUCUGAGGAAGGAGGAAGAUGAUGGGAACAAAGGAAAUAAUAGAAUAAAAGGCAGAAGGAGAUGUGCUGAGUCGAGAACGUCCGUGACAUCGGUCUCUUCGGCAACGUCCCCAUCAUCUCCACCCUCCACCUCUCCCUCCGGUGGGCAGGUAUCAUCUCGGAUUUUCUUGGGCAUUAAAAUUCCACCACUUGAAGGCAAAGAAGAAAUGCAUCCUCCCGUUGAGAAAUGCAACGUCGGUGUGCAUAGAAAUGCAGAAGAUGCAAAUACUGGUGCGUCUGAUCUGUUGACUGCGCCCACAAAAACUAAUUCUGGUGGAUCUAGUUCGUUGACCGCAUCAAUUGGAAACUACUAUGAUGUGUUCUUGAACUUUAGAGGUGUAGAUACUCGAAAGGGUUUCACUAAUCACCUCUACAACGGGCUUGUCGAUGCUGGAAUUCAUACUUUUAGAGACAAUAAUGAGAUUCGGCAAGGAGAGAUGAUCGGCCCAGAUCUUUUGACAGCCAUCAAGAAUAGUAAGAUCCUAAUCCCGAUUCUCUCUGUAAAUUAUGGUUCAAGCAAUUGGUGCUUGGACGAGCUUGUUCAAAUAAUGGAGUGCAAGAAAAGUGACAGGGGGCAUAUAGUGUUGCCGAUAUUCUACAAAGUGGAACCAGCUUACGUGCGACAUCAAAUCGGGAGUUUUGGGGAUGCAUUUCAUAAGUGCGAGAGGCGUUUCGACCCAAAUUUUUUCGAUAAAUGGAAGCAAGCACUCGUUGAAGUUAGUUCCUUGAAAGGAUGGGACGCUAAUGGGUAUGAAGGAGAAUUGGUAAAAUCGAUUGUCCGGAAAGUGUUAAGCGAGUUGAAAAAAAAGUUUGAGUUGGAUAUUCCUGAGAAUUUGGUUGGAAUUAACAGUCAUGUGGAGAAGAUUAUAAAAUUUGUAGAUAAAAGUCCUUGUGACACCCUAUUUGUUGGCAUCCAUGGAAUGGGAGGCAUUGGCAAGACAACUCUUGCUAAAACCAUCUACAACAAGCUCUUAAAUAAAUUUGAGUAUCAUAGCUUCAUUGUUGAUAUUAGGGAGUCAUGGGAGCGCUUUGGCAUUCAUUGCUUACAAAAUCAGUUAAUCGUUGAUAUAUUGGAGCAAGACAAUCAAGCUCGUAAUAAGGAUGAAGGGAUUAAGAUCCUCUCAUUAAUGCUUAAAGGUAAGAAAGUCCUCAUUCUUCUUGAUGAUGUAGAUGAUUAUGAUCAGCUGAAAGCUUUGGCUGGAAAUCAUCAUUAG